AUGCAGACAAUUUCCCGCUCGACAUGGAUUUGUUUAAGUCGUGAACAAUUGAUUGCAUUAUCAAAUUCAAAAAAUACUUAUCGUUUUGAAGCGGAAAUUAUUCAAUUAGAUAAACCAUCAGAAUUCAUAAAAAAACAUACUACUGAUAAUGUUCAUAAUAUUGGUUUAAAUGCAUUUGUUAAAAUAAUUAAAAUUUUAAAACAACCACAACUAAGAAAUCUGUCUAAUUAUCUUCAAAUUAAUGAAUUAAUUUAUGUGAAUCAAAUUAAAUCAAAAGAUUUACAUGAUCUAUCUAUGAGAGAUAUAUCAGUUCAUAUGAAUACUGAUAAUGAUAAUGAACAAUGUUUACCAAAAUUAGAAAGAGGUAAAACGUAUGAAUGGAUUACUUAUGCUCCAGAAACUACUAAUAUAUUACAUAAUAUGGGACAAAAACAAUUGAUCUUAAUGCCUGGUGGUAUUUUUCCAUUGUUAUCACAUCAAUCCCAAAUACAAUUGGAAUCAAAUAAUAUUAAUAAUUUAAAAAGUAAUGGUUGUUCUAAACGUGAAUGUCGUUUUGGUGCAAUCUGUGAAGAAUGGUUAUCAAAAGACUCUGAUCAACUUAUUGGUGUCUGUGUAUGUCCAACAUUAAUGGAUAUGGCAAAAAAUCAUAUGUGUAAUAUGAAUAGUGGUACAAUAUGUACAGUUAAUGGUUUAUUUUAUUUAAAUGAAUGUGUUAUGCUACAUCAAGCUUGUUUAAAACAAACUGAAAUGAAACCAAUGAAUUUAAACGUUUUCAGUAGAAUAUUAUCUCAAAAUGAUUGUAGUCAAUUAAUUGAAAAAAUGUCUAUAUCUGCUAUUCCCUCUUCUUCUUUACUCAUCACUACUGAUCGAUCUCCAACAACAAACAAGAUUAUUUCAUCAUUGAAAUCAAAUGAAAAUUCUAUUCGUCAAAAUAUUCAACAGAUUAAAGCUGAUGAAAAUCUCCAACAUGAUUCACCCCAUUUAUCUCAAUUCAUUAAUCAUUCACCGAUAAUAGAAUUUAAUUCAAUCAAUAAUAAUCAAUAUAAAUGUUCAUUAACAUCAUGUCCCAAUGAAUUAAAUCCUAUUUGUGAUACAGAAGGUACCAUUUAUAUCAAUGAUUGUUUAUUAAAAAAAUAUUUUUGUCAAAAAAUCAAUAAUGGUGAAUUACCAAAAAUCAUUUCAUGUAAUUCUACAAUACAAAAAUAUGAACCUAAAGCUGAAUUAUGUGGAAAUGGUAAUAUAUGUCUUUAUGGAGGAAAAUGUUAUGAUCCAUUAGAUCAUUAUUAUCGAUCAAAAAUGAUAAUGAAAAAAUUUUUACCAUUAUAUUCCAAUUGUAUUUGUGAACAUAUUAAUUGUUUAAAUGAAUGGCCUGAUCCAGUGUGUGCAGAUGAUGGUGAAACUUAUACAAAUCAAUGUUUUUUAAAACGUGCAAUUUGUGAAACUCAAUCAUUAAAACGUAUAAUUUAUCGAGGCAAUUGUGCUAAGAUUAAUUCAUUAUUCAAAGCCAAACUCUAUAAUUCCCAUAAUAGAAAAGUAAUAUUCGUUACACGUUGCAUAAUAUUAAACGAUAAAUUAUUUGGAUAA